UCGGCAUCGCGUUAUGAUCGUUCGGUUUCGUUGCGGCACGCGUAUAUAAAACUAGUGCGACUGUAUGUGUGUGUGCGUGCUUGCAAACAAACAAAAAAACAAGCAACUCAUAAAUACCUUAUUGCGAGUAUCUAUAGAGAAUACAUAUAUAUAGAAAAUAAUAAAACCCAUACUCGUCGCAUUUGUAUGUGCUAUUUGUGCUACUUUUAUUUUUAUUUUUGGGUGGUUGUAAUGUGACAAACAUUGCUUCAUAACCGCAAUAAACUGGUGAAAAUGUCAGGGACGCUGCAGACGUCUCUUACCGAGUAUUACAAGUACAAGUUUUUGUUAUUGUGAACAAAACAAAAAUGUACGAUAAACACUAAAAUGCUAAUUUAAUAUAGAAUGCUACCCAGUUUUCACACCUUAAUGCGUUGCUCGAAGCGAGUCCUGCAAUCGCCGCUGGACGCGGUGAAGAUGCGUAACUCUGGACACAGCAAGGCGCCCGGCGUCGGCGUCUACGGCCCCUUUACGCCGGACAACGAUCUGAGCUGUUCCGGACGAGGUGAUUGUGUUAACAACACCUGCGUCUGUGACAUUCGUUAUGCGGGCGAUGAAUGCAAUUUCUUCAAUCUGCCGUAUUAUGCCGGCAUCUCAACGAUCUUCUAUGUGGUGGCUCUCGUCUCGGUCAUCCAGCUGCUCAUCUGCAUUGUGGCCGAGUAUCAACGCCUUAAACAACCCUCGAUAUUACGCGCCUGUCGCAUCACAACACAAAAACUACUCUAUUUCAUGGUCUUUGUGGCAUCUUCAUUGCGUGGCGCCUACUUCACCACACCGCUGGAUUUACAGCCUCAAUGGGCUGUUACUUUGAUGUCCGCCUAUUAUCCGCUGCUCAUGACAUGCGCCUCUCUCAUCGUCUGCAUGUGGGCUGAGAUCUUUCACCUGCGCGACAUACGCUGGGAGAAGUCGCAGUUUCUGUCCAAGAGCUUCCUUGGUUUCGUGGCAUUCAACUUUUUCCUGUACAGCCUUUACGGCAUCGAGGUCUUCAGUUCGUUGAUCAACUCGGAACGUCGUGAUUAUGCGCAUAUCUUCAAUGGCUGCUAUGCCAUUCUCCUUUUAAUUGUCGUCAUCUUCUUUUUGAUCUAUGGCGUCGAAGUCUUCUUUAAGCUACGUGGUGGAUUUGUCUACGAUCAGACGGGUAAAAUCCUCGGACCCAGCGAGGCAAUUGUGAAUGCCUCCCAGUUGCAUCAAUCGCGCUUUGGACUGCUGAGUCAGGCAAUAAUGCUCAUUGUGAUUGUGGGCUUUCUGACCUCUGAAACGUUGGGUGAUUUUUGGAAGACCAAAGUCCCUGUCAAUUCACGAAACUGGCAUGAUAUCAUCUUUCGCAUUGCUGAAAUUGGUGUCGCUUUGUGGUUCCCCUGCUGCCUGUGGAAUUGUAUGGCGCCGGAACAGCUCUGGAUAUUAAAUCCACGCAAGCUGCUGUCGCGUCAAAUCGAUCCAUCGAUACCAACACUCGAUGCCGACAGCAAUAAGUUGUCACCCGAGGAGGGACAAACAUUCUUGACCAAAAAGGAUUGCUGGAUAUGCUAUGAUAGCGAUAAGCCCGAACCUCUUAUACAGCCCUGCCGUUGCACUGGCGAUGUCAGUUCGGUGCAUCACGAGUGCCUUAAACGCUGGCUGGUCGAGAGCUGUGGCAGCAACAAUGAGGCACAGCUCUCCUGCAAGGUCUGCGCGCAUCCCUACGAAAUUGAAAAGUCCAAAAAACUCGAGUGGGACAAAGGAUUCACCAUACAGCAUUGGAUGAAGACAGUUAUACUGAUAACUCUUAUCUGUGUAACGGGCGCCACAGCCUGGGCAAUCAUUCAAAUGUACGUGGAUCCCAUGGUGCGUGUUCUCACUGUAGGCGUUGCCGUCCUCAUUGGCUAUGUUUGUUGCAAGUGUCUGGGCGAGAAUACCGUUUUGGCCUAUCAGCGUGCCAAGGUUAGCUCGAUUAACAUUGUAACCAGUUCGGAGAUGGAGAAACUUCAUACCAUAUGUGAGGAUGUCAGUGCCAGCACCUCAGCAGCUGCUCGUGCAGCAUCCUAAACAAGAAGAAGCUGUUCAAGUCGAAGCCAUAUGAAAACAUCACAUUACAUACGAAACAUAUACAGACGUACGAUUUAAUUUAGAGCGUGUUUUGCACACAAUUUUUGCUCAAUACCCCCCUCCACAAAAUUCUUCCCAGCAAACUGUGUACAUAGAUUUUAAGUAAUUUAGGAAAGGAUCUUAGGAAAACACUGUUCGAUAAACGAGUCAAUUUUGUCUCUCAAAGUCACAAGCAAUUUUCCGAGCGCGACAUGUAUUAAAAACAAAAACAACAAA